UUCAAGGAAAAACUCUUCUCUACAGUUUUUGGCCAGGGCGUUAGGUUACAUUCUUAUAUUUCUCAGCGGCCCUUGUUAUUGAAUAUGAUGAGAAGAUUCACCAUGCAAAACAAUUUGGUGAAACCGGGCAAGACAAGGUUCGCCACUGCUUUCUUGAGUUUGCAUAGUAUCCACUGUCAAAAAGACAAUUUGAGAAAGAUGGUCACUUCAGAGGAAUGGAGCAAGAGUAAAAUUGCAAAGGAAAGUGCGGGAAAAGAGGUUGCACACAUUAUUCUUUCUUAUUCUUUUUGGAAUAAUGUCCUUCAUGCUCUUAAAAUUGGUGGCCCUUUGGUUAAUGUACUCCGUUUGGUGGAUGGGGAGCAAAAACCACCAAUGGGCUACCUCUAUGAAGCUAUGGAUAGGGCCAAGGAGGCUAUUCAAGCAUCAGUCAGUGAUGAGCAGAAAUAUGCAAAGGUCUUUCAGAUCAUUGAUGCAAGAUAGGACGAGCAACUUCAUAGAC